AUGAAUACCAUCAUCGUCACAACCGUUAAACUAUUAUUAUUAUUAUUAACAACGUACGCGUACCUGAUCCUAGCGGAGAAUGUUGGUACUAUUAAUAAUAAUAAUGAUCAAACAGUUUAUACGAACCUGACCGAAACGGAUUGGAAAGCGUAUUUUUUUGGCAAUGCGACGACAGAUAGCGAUGAAGUCACCAACAACAACAACAAUAGAGAAGGAAGAAAUCGAAAGGGAAAAGAUUUUUUCGAUUUUAUAGGUUUUGGAACGGGACCGGAAACGGAUCCAUAUUUGGCACGUGCCAACGAUUUAUGUUUAUCCGGUGAUUUAUCAGAAUGUUUUAAAUCAAGAGCUCUCUCAUCACUCGAUGAUUUUUUCACUAGAGAAGUCAUACGUAUGCCGGAAGAACAACUCAGACGUUUGACACAAGAAUCCUACGAAUAUUCAUCGGCACCGAGAAGCGAUGAAACCGAAUGGGAACAAUUUGUUAAAUUUCUUUUGAGAAAAGUCGAAAAAUUUGUUAAAUCGACAGCGCUGGAAGUUAAAGUACCCGAAGAAUUAACUGAUGGAGGAAGAUACUCGCCGAGAUUCGUCGAUGAAAUAGCAUCGGAAUUGGAUGUUAUUGAAGAUAAAAAAGCUGGAAUCGUCACUCGACACAAAUUGAAAAAGCUUUUCAUUCCACUUUUAAUUAUAUUGAAACUUUUCAAAUUAAAACUUUUACUUUUCUUACCAAUGAUAUUGGGAAUAGCAUCGUUUAAAAAGCUUUUAGGAUUUCUCGCAAUCGUCAUACCUGGAAUGAUAGGAGUUUUCAAACUUUGCAAGCCGCAACUUUACAGUUCCAGUUUUGGAAACGGUCACGCUUCUUAUUAUCAACCACCGAGAUACACACCCGCUGGAGUCGGACACGGAAGUCCGCAAUAUUACAGUCAUCACGUUCCCUAUAAUCCAAGUUCGUCGUACGGACACGGCGGAGAUCAUCAUUACGAAGAAUAUACCGGAUAUAGUAAUCAUUACGAAACGGGUAAAUCCGCUUCCGGUUCAUCUAACGUCGCAUUCAGAGAUGAUUCGCCACAAGAUUUAGCUUAUAACGGUUAUAGAAAUUCUAAGAGUAGUUAA